AUGGCUACCUCUGAAGGCGCACGCGUACUCUCUGAGGGCACCGGUUACGGUGUCGUGCUAGGCAUCGGCUCCGUCUUCGCGCUGCUCAUGAUGGCGCUCUCAACAUUGCAGAACCGGUACACAUCCUACAAGAUCGCGACAUCGGAAGAGUUUAACACCGCCUCGCGAUCUGUCAAACCCGGCCUCAUUGCUGCGGGUAUCGUCUCCGCAUGGACAUGGGCCGCAACGCUCCUCCAGAGUUGCACAGUCACGUAUGAGUAUGGCGUCGCAGGCGGGUUUUACUACGCGGCGGGCGCGACGCUGCAGGUGUUUCUGAUGUCCAUCCUCGCGGUGCGCGUGAAGAUGAUUGCGCCAUACUGUCACACCUAUCUAGAGAUCAUCCAUGCUCGCUACGGUGAUGCGGCGCACUUUGUAUUUGCGACGUUCGCGCUUGUCACGAAUCUCAUUGUGUCCAGCAUGCUCCUGCUCGGCGGUAGCGCAGUCGUGAACGCGUUCACCGGCAUGAACAUCUAUGCCGCGAAUUUCUUGAUCCCGAUCGGCGUCAUGGCGUAUGUGAUUCUUGGUGGCCUCCGGGCAACCUUCCUGUGUGACUAUUCACACACGACGAUUCUCAUGAUCAUUUUAUUCUAUUUCUUCUUCUAUACAUACACCGAGAGCGAGUUGAUCGGUGGUAUGGAAGGCAUGUACCAUUUGCUCGUAAAAGCGGCAGAAGAGCGUCCGGUAACCGGCAACAAGAACGGGUCAUAUUUGACUCUAAAGUCAAAUAACGGUUUGGUGUUUUUGAUCAUCCAGAUGUUCGGUGCAUUUGGCAAUGUGACUGUGGACCAGGGAUACUGGCAACGCGCAAUUGCUUCGGAAGCGAAGACGACCAUGUAUGCAUACCUUAUGGGAGGCGUUGCGUGGUUUGCUGUUCCCAUGUCAAUGUCAACAGUGAUGGGUUUGUCUGCUGUUGCACUAGCAAGCAGCACAAACUUUCCGUACGCUGGCGGACUAUCAACCGCAGAGAUGGACGCUGGAUUGGCUGCGCCCGCUGCUGUGGUCACUAUUCUUGGCAAAGGAGGUGCUGCCGCCAUGUUGAUUUUGCUUUUCAUGGCUGUCACUUCGGCAUCAUCGUCUGAGAUGAUCGCAACGUCGUCUGUACUCACAUUCGACAUUUACCAAAUCCAUUUCAGGCCUGACGCAUCACCUGAGCGUCUCAUUCGCGUCUCACAUCUCAUGGUUUUUUUCUGGGCUCUUGUCAUGUCAAGCGUUGCCUGUAUCUGGAAUGCAAUUGGCCUCUCGCUCAAUUGGCUCUAUCUCUUCUCUGGGACGAUUUACACUCCCGCCGUUGGCCCAAUUGUGCUGACCGUGCUUUGGCGCAAGCAAACCCGUAGGGCUGCCAUCAGUGGUGCACUAGGAGGCUUGGCAGUUGGCGUGAUUAGCUGGCUUGUUGUAGCAAGGACCUAUUAUGGCGAGUUGACUAUGGCGAGCACGGGUGCGCCUUAUUCGAUGCUAGCAGGCAAUAUGGCAUCAUGCCUGGCCGGAUGCAUCAUCUCGACAGUCGUCACCUGGAUAAGGCCCGACACCGAGUUCAAUUGGUUGGAGACAAAGAAAAUAAACCCACGCGGACGUGCCCUGGACCAGCGAGAGUUGAGGCAGGCACGAGUAUCGCAGGCAAGCGAAGACGGAAAAUCAGAAACCGUUCAGAUUGCCGAAUCGACAGAAAAGGACCAGGAGAACGAGGCAAAAGUCGAAGAUCAGGAGGUGCCAUUGCCCCCUGCCGAGGACCAGCCUGCACUCGAGAGCUAUGACUCGCUGAAAAGCUCGAUCAGAGCCGCUUCUUGGGCUUCGUCCGUGAUGAGCUUUAUUGUAAUCCUCGUGAGUUAG